AUGUAAUUAGCAGAAACCCUUAACAGACUUUCAUGUCGAGCAAGUAAUUGCUUAGAGUGGAAGAGGCGUAUUUUUAGUGUAUACCUUAAUUAACGAGAAGCAUGUGAGUUAUAAACACUAUUCCCAGUAUCAAGGUACAUUGUUGACACUGAAAAGACACAGGUUGCUGGGUGUGUUUAUACUUAUCUCUAACCUCGUACCUGCCACCUGUCCGCUCCCACUGCGAGUGUUCCCCAGGUAGAAGGCUCACGUCACCUGUCACGCCACACCUUUGGUUGACACGAGCAAUCGCACACUCGUUGGUUUGUCUUGGUGCUGGUUUAUUUUGCUAUCAGGAUAGAAACCUCGGCCAGAAGAAUGAGGUUCGUAGCAAUCACUGUGAGCGUGGUAUUUGUGGCAAUGCGGACGGAGGGGUGGAGUUGGUGGGGCAGCGAUGACACGGUUCAGGAAGAGGCCGCCCUCUGUCCUGAGCCGCAGGAUAUUUCCCCUUGCGUGUGUUCCAAUUCCUCUGUUUUGUCGUUGAAGAUGGACUGCUCCGAGGUGCUUGACGAAAGUGAACUGGCGCGUGUGUUUUCUGCCUUCUUCCCUAUCAAGGCGUUUGACAAGCUGACCAUCUCCCAUAACCAGUUCCUCACGACGCUUCCCGAUGGUGUGUUCGGGGAGGUUUCCUUCACCAACAUCUACGUGACCGGGGGCGUAUUGGAGUCAGUGGGGGAGGCGGCCUUGACCUCCAGCUUCAACACGGCGGAGCGACUUAUGUUUAACGGCAACCGAAUAUCAAAUUUCCCUUUCCAUAUCCUCUCUAACUUCUCCAAAUUAACGUCUAUGAGCCUCGCCUACAAUAACCUUAAUGAACUGCCCGACCUGUCCUCUGAUACACUGGAAAACUUGUACAUUAAUAACAAUCCUCUGGGCAACGUCGCCGCCUCCACCUUCAUGGGGACGCCGGCAAUCUCAGUUGUCUACCUACAAGAGACAGAGCUUCAGCAGAUCAUUCCAGACCCUCCAACAUCAGAACCUUCAGCAAACCUGUCGCACCUGAGCACAGUCUAUCUUUUCCGGAACAGUCUGACGGAGGUGCCGGCAUCAGCAGUGGAGUUCCCUUCAGACCAAGGCUCAGUUUACCUCAGUCUCAACAACAUCAGUAAGGUCGCCCCGAACGCCUUUCCAGGCCUGACGGGAGGAACGGUGGAGGUGCAGCGCAACGAGCUGACGGAACUCCCGGAGGAGGUGUGGCGUCCACUGCUAGAGGAGGGCGUCAACAUCACUCCUUGGGGCAAUCCUCUCGUCUGCGGGUGUGACAUCGCGUGGCUCCUCAACACGUCUUUCAUUGCACAAAUCGAUCCAAUGUUCACCACAUGUGAGGACGGAAGGAAGCUGGCCUUGCUGGAUCCCGCUGACUACGCUGACUGCUGAUUAUUCCUCCAUCAUUAUUCGUGUCUCAUCUAUGAGGUUCCUUCCAUCGACCAAGAUUUAUCAGUGCUGAUCUUUCUGAAUUCAAGUACGAGUAUAAUACUGUUUCCUGUUUGGUGCUCAUCGCAACCCUCUCAAAGACGCACAUGCAAUUCGCUAAGAACUGAUGAAAAAUUAAUGUUAAGGUACAAUUUUUUUUUUUUUUAAGGUCAUAUUUCGUUAACCUACAAUUUGAGUGAUUUAUUUAUUUAAUUACAUUUAUUAUUAAAUUACAUUUACGGAACUGAGAUUCUACGCAUGCGGCUAUCGACCUACAAUAUUUUCUAUUAAGUGAAAGAUCUUCCUAAGCACUCACAUGCAAGUUUCAUAGUGCCAUAUCUAACCGUAAUGUCUCUAGUUCAUAAAUAACUCAUGAUUAUUUAACGACUAGUGCUACAUGAUGCUGAAAGAACCAAUUGCCAAAAAAUAUCAAUAAUAAAUAGAUAAAUAAAUAAACCAAUGAACAAACAAAUUAAUUCAUAAAUAUACAAAUGAAUUAAAAUAAAGGGAACAAUUCAAGAGUAAAACAAAGCUAUUUAAACUUUUCUUUAAACACUUACAAGGAGUUAACUUUCAGCACUAGUGGGAGUAAGGAGAGCAAGUGAAUAAAGAGCCAAACUCUGUCCACAGCUACAUCAACUUUUACUUUUCCACAACACCUGAGGGAGCCACCAACAUCUGCCUUCACUGAGAUCUAGAUGCAAGCUGGCUGCUAUUUCUUAAUGUCAUCCCAACAGUACUGUCUUCGUUCCCUCUGUGACCUUGGUGUUAACUUUACUUAAUGUAGUUAUAUUAUCAACCCUUUCAAUGCUAAUCAAUAUGUCUCAUAAUCAACUACAACUAUUAAAAGAUUUAUUUUUUCGUACUACUGUCUCUAAAAUACGUGUUUCUAUCUUCUAGCAAAGAUGAAAUUGUUAUUCAUAUUCAUUUGUUCUGAUGUCCAUCUAAAUUAAUUAUUACAGUGACCUCAAUGUUAACAAGAGAUAUCAUGGCGGAAAAAAGGGUUGAGUACGAUAUUAAGGCGAGAGAGAGAAAAAAAUAAGGGUGAUGUAAAAGUGAAUUAUGCGAGUUACCUAUAGAAGGAGGAGGGAAGAAACACACACACACACACACACACACACACACACACACACACACACAUACCAUAGUAACUCUUUUGCUACUUUGUCCAUAUUAGCGUGCCAAGUCAAACAACUUUCUGACCACAUUUUCCCGUUGCUAUACAGAUGUUGUAUUGUGUACUCACGGGCGAGCUGUACUGAAAGGAAAUGUACCGACAAAAACCCAACUUAUUGCCGUCCACAAUGAAAGAAGGGAGAGAAAGAGGAAAGUCAUGUUUUUGAUUAAUGUACUUUUUCCAAACAUGAUCUGACAGUCGUGUUAUGAAGAAAAUGAUAUCAAAGAAAAGGUGUGUGUGUGUGUGUGUGUGUGUGUGUGUGUGUGUGUGUGUGUCCGCGGAAACUAGUAGCGAAUUACGCCGCUGUUGCAUUUCAGGGACACUAAUCAACGUUAACAAAGGAAGUCGAGAUCCCGCGGUGUUCGUGUGUCAGUAAUAAUUAUUCGUCAACGAGAAACACAAAGCAAAAUAAACGAUUUUUAUAUGAAUUUUUUUCUCUCGUUAAUAUUGACGGGCAGAUGAAAGAACUUAAAUCAGAUCAUAUGCGGAUGAUUAAUUGCCCUCAAAAAUAUCAUAUCACAGGAUGACCAUACGAAAAAUACUAAUCUCUCUCUCUCUCUCUCUCUCUCUCUCUCUCUCUCUCUCUCUCUCUCUCUCUCUCUCUCUCUCUCUCUCUCUCUCUUUUCUCUUUUCUCUUCUCUUACCUUGCACAGGACAGCUCAUCAAAAUGUUCAAUCAUCUCACUUACCUGAAAAUAAGGCAAAAAGAAUCAUUAUUGUUUUUAGUGAGAUAAUGAUAAGAAUACUAUAUUUAAAUAUUAUGACAUCGGUUAAGUUACAAAAUACAACUGUAUGUGAAAUUCUCUCUCUCUCUCUCUCUCUCUCUCUCUCUCUCUCUCUCUCUCUCUCUCUCUCUCUCUCUCUCUCUCUCUCUCU